AUGGAGGCGGCGCCGAUGGCGGCGGCCGCGACGGUGGCGGUGGGCUCGGUGGGGGCGGUGACGGAGGCGGCGGCCCUGGCGGUGGCGGUGACGGCGAUGGCGGAGAGGGGGCCGGCGGUGAGGGCGGCGGCGGGGAGGGCGGCGGUGGUGACGGCGGCGGCGGAGAUGGUGGCGGCGGGCUGGGCGGCGGCGGGCUGGGCGGCGGUGGCGACGGCGGCGGUGAGGGAGGCGGCGGCGAGGGCGGCGGUGGUGACGGCGGCGGCGGAGAUGGUGGCGGCGGGCUCGGUGGCGGCGGGCUCGGCGGCGGCGGGCUUGGCGGCGGCGGUGACGGCGGCGGCGGCGAUGGAGGCGGCGGCGACGGCGGCGGCGGGGACGGUGGCGGUGGGCUCGGUGGGGGCGGUGACGGAGGCGGCGGGCUCGGCGGUGGCGGUGACGGCGGUGGCGGAGAGGGGGGCGGCGGUGAGGGCGGCGGCGGGGACGGCGGCGGUGGGGAGGGCGGCGGCGGGGACGGCGGCGGCGGGCUCGGUGGCGGCGGGCUGGGCGGCGGCGGGCUGGGCGGCGGCGGCGACGGCGGCGGUGAGGGCGGCGGCGGCGAGGGCGGCGGUGGUGACGGCGGCGGCGGAGAUGGUGGCGGCGGGCUCGGUGGCGGCGGGGACGGCGGCGGCGGGGAGGGCGGCGGCGGCGACGGCGGCGGCGGCGAGGGAGGCGGCGGCGACGGCGGCGGCGGCGACGGUGGCGGUGGGCUCGGCGGGGGCGGUGACGGAGGCGGCGGGCUCGGCGGUGGCGGUGACGGCGGUGGCGGAGAGGGCGGCGGCGGUGAGGGCGGCGGCGGCGAGGGCGGCGGUGGUGACGGCGGCGGCGGAGAUGGUGGCGGCGGGCUCGGUGGCGGCGGGCUGGGCGGCGGCCGCGAGGGCGGCGGCGGUGACGGCGGCGGCGGCGAUG